GGGAAAACUUGAAUGGAUACGUGUGCACAUCUGCAAGAAUCUGGACCAAAAUGCCGUUAUGUGAGGCUCGAAGUAGGUCAGCCGACACCUUGAUAUCGUUCUUACUUGCCGUACAGCAGUCCUGCCGUGCUUUAAGAGAUGGUAUGUGUAUCACCAUGCGUGUGGCAUGGCUGACCAUGGACCGGCUCAGAAGUGGCCGAGACAUUCGCCUCUCGACCGCGACCAUGAGAGCACUCAACUCUCGACGCUCACGGUCAACCACGAGCAUUCAUCGACUCGUGCCUUGUACGACUCUCUGUCUUCUUCUUCUGCUUUGCGUCCCUCACGACGUACGAGCGCGGAGUGUACUUUACGAUGACGGCGACGUCAUCGCGGAUGAAGUGCACGGCGAAAUUUCGGAGCCUCUUGUGAAGGUGAGUGACCCCAAGUCUGACGACGUGGAGAACGCGGAUCAAGCGCGAAGAAAGAGCUUGAUAGAAACAGAAGGAUACGAUAGCGACGAGGACGUUAGUGUCGAAGAAAGGAAAAAGCCGACGGUAGAGAUACUCAACGAAAAUCCUGACAAGAUCCAGGUCGAAGCUGCUAGUGAUGAAGGCAGCGUGGCGAAGAAGCGGCGGAGGAACGACGUGAGCCUUCCUGGUAAGUUUGUGUUGCAGGAUAAGGAGAAGAUCGUGCAAAAGGACGAGGGUAUUCGACGAUUCGACGCCCAGAUCGAGUCCGACGAUAUUGAGGAACCAAGCCAACGAAAGAUUUUUGACAUCAUCGAAGGCAUCAACCCCGGUUCGCAAAGAGACGCCAUCGAGCGUGAGAAGCAAUUAAUCAACGUCGAGCAAUCGCCCGCGAACGUGAAGAAUGUGGACGCGAAGCCUAGCAACGAAGAUGGGACGCGGCAGGAAGAAAAAAAGUAUGCAGGGAUUUCUUCUGAUCUUCGAGAGAACUUGGAGAACGUCGCGAAUUUGGAACAGAUAGAGAAAGUAGAUUUAAAUAAAGAAGAGACGAGACAAAUCGAAAAUUUAGUGAAACAUAAUCCAGAUGAAGCACAAACUGAGAACGUUGACAACGUGAACGAGGAAAUACGUAAUGAUCUGCGAAGCUUAAAACUUGUUCACGCGAACGAAAGUGAAAGAAACCAAGAGGAGCGUGUCGCCGAUGAGGCUCCAAACAAUGAAAAUACCAGUGUCAAAGAGCUUGAUCCGAACAGAGAGAAUAGACACUUAGCUAGCGUUCUAGCUAAAUCCAAGUAUAAAAGUUCAACUGUCUACUUGAACGCUGAAGAAGGCAGUUUACCCGGUCGAGAGCAAGAAUCGAUCGUGAACGGUCAGAUAAAGAAAUUGAUUUCCAUACGAGACGAUGCUCUCGGAUCGGUUGAUAAUGACGCGAAACAAUCGGAAAAGGUUGAUCAAGAAGGUCUUCUUUCGGAGAAAUCAAUUGAGAUUGAUGUCGCUGCCGCCGAAAAAGAUGAAGAGAUUCGCAAUCAACGCAGCAGUGAAUUGAAAGAUAAAUCACUUCAAAACGAAAAUCUUGAUCAAUUAUCUCCAACAAGGGAAGUCUCUAACCGCCUUCAAAAAUGGAAGGCUCAAGCAACGCUGUUUCAGAUACAAAUGAAGAAUGGGACGUUUCUUCAAUAUUUAAAAGAACAAACGACCGAGGUGCUUUCUGACAUUCCAAAAUUCACGGAAAACCAAUUGCUGGAAACCUUGAAGAAUAUCCAGCUGUCACAGACAUCGCCGUCAAACGAGACAUAUCUUGCCAGCUUGAACGCGACUGAACUGAGCAAAAAUCAAUUAGAAAUAAUAAAAUGUGCCGAGCAAUUGAUAGAGACGAAGCAGCGACAAUCCUUUGUAGCGAACAUAGCAGAGUGCAUUCGCGGUCUCAGUGUUUUAAAUUGUAUGCGCAUCUUUGUCUGGCCCAUCAUACUCGACUAUCUUCCGGAAUCAGUUAGCCAAUCUCUGAACAAUUUACCGAUCGAAAUAAACUUGAUCGACUUGUUUCAGGGUAACAGAACAAAAUUUGUGAGAUCGGAGAGCAGCGUUCAUCGUCCGAGGCUGCUAACGCCGGAGUCCGUCGUCUUCAGCAUUCUGAACGGUGCCCUGGAGUCGAAAGCUACUUACGAUCUGGCGCCGACUUUUAUCGAUCCGAACAACGAAACUCUGAGGAGACUCCUUACUAUUGGUCAACUUCAGAUUCUUCAGAUGGCCGAGAAACUUCUACCUGGUGAAAUACGCUGCGAGUACUCCGAUCGGAUGUUCUCGUGCGUGCGCAGAUUCGAGUAUUUUAGCUGUGUCAAAUACUUUGCUUGGCCGAUGGUAAAGCAAUAUCACCCGGCCUUACCGGCUUUCCCGGACUAUCAGAGCUGGUAUCCGUCCAUACCGUUGUACCCGCAAUAUCCCAUUGUUCCGUUUCCAAAUUUCGUGGAAACCUCAGGCGAGCUUCCGGAAGUCGUUGAUGCCGACGCCACGAGAAUGCGGAAACCAGAAGCGGUAAUUAUCAAUAUUCUUCAGAAGACAUUGAAGGAACACGCGAAGACACCGCCUCCUUCUGUUAUUCAUAACGCUGAUUCUUACGUCGCUAUACUUCCUACAGAACAAUUAUUAUCGAUUCAAAUGGCCGAACAGCUUCUUCCUGUUCCAUAUCGACCAGAAUUCGUUCAGAAAACCGUGAAAUGUAUUCAGGAGUUAAAUUAUAUCACAUGUAUUAAAUAUUUGACGUGGCCGACGAUCAAGCAGUUAUAUCCUUCUCUACCGGAUCUUUCCGGUCGGAUAUCGACUUUAUCGUUUCCCGGCUUCUUCGGUUUUCUGCCGUCAUUUCAGCUACCAAGUAUACCCAACUUUGCUUCAAUUAUUUCGGGAUUAGGUAGCGGAGGAAAUACGAGCACCGAGAAACCACCGGAAUCCGGUGAUUCUACUCCAGAAGAAUCGCCUGGUCGUCUUUCCACAAUCUUAUUACGUCAAAAAGAAAUUUCUUCCAAAGAAUCUAGCGAAUUAGAAAACAAAGUCACGGAGAUUUUAACAAGAGUACGUAAUUCUCUGAAAACGAUACCGGAAAAUUCGCAUCUGACCGUCAGUGGAAAUACGAUAAUUCUGGCGUCCAUUACCGAGAAGCAAAUCAACAUAAUAAAAUUAGCGGAAGAUAUUGUACCGCCUCCGGCACGGGCAGCUUUUAUCGCACAGGUUCUAUCUUGUCUUCAGGCAAACAAUGACUUUAUCAAUUGCACGAGGUAUGUAAUUUGGCCUACGGUCGCUCUUUAUAUUUCUAAUUUCCCAGAAUUUCCCGACUUACCGUCGAAGCAAGAAGAUCAGACAUCGUUGAAUGAUAAGAACGCUUUGGAUCCAAAUAUCAAAAACCAGAGGGAAUGGGAUAAAUCGCAAAAUGAAGCGAAUUCCAACGUAAAGAUUAUUUCUAGAACGAAAUUUCCGCAGAGUAACAAUCCUGUGAUAAGCGUAACCGGUACUCGAUUUGUACCGAUAUUUACAGAACAUCCCGAGUCGGUGAUACUCAACAUUCUUAGAUCAAUUCAGAUGUCGUCGCCAAAUGUGCGAGAUGAUCACGUUGCCAAGCUUAUCAGUACAUUGCAGUUGGCCGAUCAGCUUAACGAUCGGCAGCUGAAUAUUGUUAAUACAACAGAAAGCUUGCUACCAGAUGCAGUUCGUCCCGCUUUCGUCGAUCGGAUGACAGAAUGUAUUCGCAAGAGCAAUUUUUUGGCGUGUUCAAGGAACGUAUUGUGGCCUGCUCUGUCGGAAUAUUUCCCUAGGCUACCCAGCUUCCCGAAUUUUGGAGCGCAUUCUCAAACGACCAACGUCAAAUCUAUCUUACCGCAGAAUCUGACUGACUCAUCACCAUUGUCGGAGACCGAUGUCAAGAUUGGCCAGCACGGAGAUGCUACUAUUACCAUCACUGAUACCAGAUUCUAUCCUAUUUUCUCGGAACAUCCAGAAGGUGUGAUUCUGAAAAUUCUCAAGGCCGUGCAGAGCUCCAUACCGGGCGUUAUGUAUUCCAUGAUUAGCUCGAGAUUGCCGGAAACGAUGAGUUACUUUACGGAACAGCAGGCUAACAUCGUUCUUGUCGCGGAAAGCCUGCUGCCGGAAUCGGUGAAAUCAGUUUUCGUAGAGCGAAUGGUCAAUUGCGUUCGAGAAAACAUGUUUCUCGACUGUACACGGGACAUAACUUGGCCAACCGUCGCUCAAUUUUUCCCAAGACUGCCGAAUUUCCCCGAUUUUGGAAACGAGCCGAGGACGAAAUUUGAUUCAUCGUCGAUUCUGCUACAUAACGCUUAUUCAGAGAACGCAACGUCUAACGAAAAUACGAAGACUACCGUCGACGCAAUCGAAAAUAAAAUAGAAAGUAUAUUAAAAGAAUUGAACAAGGAUUCGACGCUUCGUUUGAAGGUCUCUUAUCUGGACAUCAAUAAUCCUGUAAUAAGAGAUCUUCUAACUGCUCGAGAAAUGAACAUUGUCAGAUUAACAGAGGAAGCAAUACCGGAUUCGAUACGUCCCGCAUAUAUAAGCAACAUGCUGGAAUGUAUGAGAAUCAAUAACUUUAUAUCUUGCACUCAGCAAAUCACUUGGCCGACCUUGAAGCAAUUUUCACAGGCUCUGCCGAACUUUGAGGAACUGUUCGGUCAGUUUCCCGGAACGGGUCAAAUUGCCGGUAUCAGUCAGAUUCCAGGCAUAGGUCAACUUCCUGGCAUAGGUCAACUUCCUGGCACAGGUCAGAUUCCCGGCAUAGGUCAACUUCCUGGCACAGGUCAGAUCCCCGGCAUAGGUCAGAUCCCGAGUUUUCCCGGACUAGGAAAUCCUUUCGCUGGCCCCAGCUUACCUCAAUUUCCCUCUCAAAUCCCUAUGAUACCGGGCGGAAUUCAAAUUCCUCAGUUUCCAGGAUUUUCUAACUUUGGCGGUAUAAGUUACCCACAGUUUGCAAUCUUGUCGGAUACGCCACAGAAAGCGAAGCCGCAGGGACAGACGAUUCUUCAGUUGACAGUAGCAGAUAAUGAGAAGGCAAACCAGAUAAGUGGAAUAUCGAAGGCUGCGAACACCCCGUCAGUAGGUGAAAUGUUAUCGCCGCUACUGUUACUGGGCAUGGCCCUGUCCGUAAUAGGCGGUUACGUGCCACCCGGGCCGAGAUUUGGAUGUCCCAAAGAUCCAAUUUACAUUUACCCCUGCACGUGUCUUCGGGGUAGCGACAGGGGUUUAUACAUCCGCUGCGAGAAUACGAAUCUAGCCAGUCUCAGCCUUGCCUUCACGAAUCUAGGGAAUGAGGGCAUGCCAAUCGAGGAACUGGUUCUGUAUAAAUGCAACAUAGUACGAUUUUACGGACCCGCCCUGUAUCCAUUGGACGUACGAGUGUUGAAGUUUAUCGAUACGCCGCUGAGAUUGAUCGAAGAGCACAGCUUUCUCGGCGUAAACAGGACUCUUCAGGAACUCCAUGUGAUAAACAGCAAUUUAGAGAAAUUUCCACGCGAAGCACUGCAAGUUCUCGGCAAUCUCAGCCUGUUAAGUAUCAGCGGCCACCGGAUGUCUAUUUUGCCGGGGAAUAGUUUCAGUGAAAGCGCGGCGGCAGCAAAGUUAGAAAAAUUGGAGAUUAGUAAUGGUACGAUAUCUUCUUUACCCGCCGAAGCAUUGACACCGCUCAAGAAGCUGAAAACACUUGAUCUUCAUGGCAAUAAAAUAAAAGACCUAAAGAAGAAUCAGUUCAAAGGUCUGAGGGAUACCGAAUUUCUGGAUCUCUCUCACAAUUUGAUUGACAAAUUGGACACAUCUCAUUUGGCAGAUCUUGUUAAGAUGGGAUGGUGCAACAUGUCACACAAUGCUAUCUCCGACUUGAAGAGAGGAACCUUUGCUCGAAAUUCCGUCUUGAAGGUCCUGAAUCUGAGCCACAAUAAAAUAAGAAAGUUGGAUUCCAAUACUUUUCGCGGCAUGCGUUUUCUUAGGCGAUUGCAUCUGAGCGACAAUCAAAUCAAUGAUGUGGGUCGUGGAACUUUUGGUUCUGUUACAAGGAUCGGUACCAUCGAUCUUUCUCGGAAUUUCAUCAAAAAGAUCGACUUCCAAAUGUUCAAUCAGCUGCAGUUUGCUGAGCUUCUAGACGUUUCCGAGAAUUUCGUUACAAUCGUGGAAAAAUUGGCGUUUAAAGAUAUCUACUUGGCAAAAGUUAAUCUGUCUCAUAAUGAGAUCUCGAAGAUCGAAUCAGGUGCCUUCGAGAACUGCGUGAAUAUUACAUCACUGGAUUUCAGCCACAACAAACUCGAGAAUAUCUCGAAGUAUUCUUUCGAUAGCGUGUCGUACGCUAUGGAAUUGCAACUCAGUUAUAAUUUAUUUACGUCUCUUAAUCAAAUUCCGUUGCAUAAUAUGACGGGAUUGAAAGUAUUAAACGUUUCUCACAAUCUGAUACACUCCGUUCCACGGCAGACCUUCCCUAAGCUGUACGAGCUCCACACGAUCGAUAUCUCGCACAAUAAUUUAUCUGAGAUUUAUAACGCCGUAUUUCAGACUCUCUUCAGUCUGCGAUUCUUGGAUCUGUCGCAUAAUUCUCUGGAGAAGAUAAAGCCGUCGACUUUUGGGCCGUUGCCGACACUUCUAGAACUCGAUAUGAGUUAUAAUCAAUUAAACGACGUCUCACGAGGAAGUUUAACUCGUCUGGCUAGCUGCAGGAGUUUGACGGUGAGAAACAAUCGUCUGACAAAGAUUUUCCAACUGCCAAUUUCUUUAAGUCAUUUGGAUUUCUCGGAGAAUCUGCUGGAAGAGAUCCCGAGCAUCGAUGUGUGGCCUGCUAUGAACGCACUACUCUCGUUGGAUCUUUCGCGGAAUCAACUGGGUGAUAAUCUACAAGAGGGAAGCUUCGAAAAUCUGCUGACCUUGAGGAUAUUAAAUCUGCAAGCGAACAACAUCACGAAGCCGCCCUGGCAAGCGCUGAGCAGUCUGAGCAGUUUGCAGUAUCUUUAUCUACAAGAUAAUUACAUGACGAAGCUAGAGAAAGCCGCCUUUGGCCGUUUGCCGAUAGUGUUCGAACUUAACUUGGCGAAUAACAAGAUAAAUAAUGUAACAAGUCGCGCGUUCGAGGGCUUAUUGCAACUGUUGACACUGAACUUGACAAACAAUAACAUCAGUCACAUACCAAACGGCGCGUUUCAGGGUCUUGUGUCACUGAGAACUCUCGAUCUAUCUCACAAUAGAUUGGAGAAACUGGACAACAAGACACACGGAUUGCUCGACGACUGUCUGUCUCUGGAGAGGCUCAAUGUUAGCCACAACAAGAUUUCGUUUAUUACCCGAAAAACUCUGCCAAACGAUCCCUGGAUUCCUUAUAGGCUAAAGGAAGUCGACUUAUCUUACAAUACAAUGCCGGUUGUGACCUUCGACCUCAUCGCCGGUGCCAAAAAGAUUCAAUACUUGAAUCUUUCUUAUAAUAACAUUAAUGAGAUUAGGAGAUAUGUAAUCGGGAAUUUAACGUCUUUGGAGACUUUGGAUCUGUCACACAACGACAUAAGUGAUAUCUCCGAUCGAGAUAUUUUUUUACCACCGUUAAAUUUAACCAACUUAUAUCUAAGCAACAAUCAUCUAAGCUAUGUGCCUCUCGAUAAGAUUUUACCGCUACCAAACUUAAAAAUUCUUGACUUGGAAGAGAAUGAGAUUGGCGUUUUCGAUGAGAGGUUUAUGAAGAUUGUCAAGAACGGCACGGUGCUCAGAUAUUUUGGGAAUCCCAUGCAAUGUGAUUGUCACGCGCGGCCCUUAAAGAGAUGGUUGAAGACUCAAACGCAGCUUCCGACAGAUUGGUCGAACGUGACGUGUGAAAGUCCGAAUUAUCUCGCAAACAAACCUAUUUCGGAGAUAACUGAGGAUCUCAUGAGCUGCGACGAGAGAGACAUUCAAGAGAAACCCGAACUCGAUAUCACACCCGAUGUGAAAUAUCGAAGUAUCGACUACAAUAAUGAGGAUAAUAGCUGGAAAGCCACGUGGUAUGUGACGUCGCGCGAAGACAUCGGCGACUUUUACGUGGUGGUUCGAGAAUCCGGCAGCAGCAAAUCCAUGAUCGAGAAGGAUAUUGUUUACAGUGAGCGUUCCUUCAGGGUCCACGAUCUGACUGAGUCCAGCACCAAAUACGAGCUCUGCGUGCUCGCACGCGAUUCCGAGGGAAAUGUCAAACACUAUAGAAACUCGCAGUGUCAGAUCUUGAAUCAGCAUAACUCCAGUUCAUCCAUUAGCUUCAGGACGAAUCUGUACUUCGUGAUAAUUGUUGCUUCCCUCUGCAUUUUUAUGUGAAAUUUUAUUAAUAUAACAAAAAUAAUACUCGCAUUUAAGUAGAUAUUUUACGUUCAGCAGAGACACAGUAAAAUAUACACGUGAUAAAGUACCUUUAUGCAUAUCGCUAGCUGCUUAAAAUUCUCAACUAUUUUGCUAUUUUAGUCUUCUAUCGUACACUUUAUAUCGCGUCGAAGCGCGAAGCGAUAUGAUUGCGAAAUAAAUUAAUAUAUACAUAUAUCUAUAAAUAUGUAUAUCGUGGAUUGUACAUAAAUCGUAUUGUAUUUCGUUCGAAGACAGGGACGUUGAACGUCGUGUA